UAAUGGACAAGUUUAGUGAGUUCUAGAUGUGGUGAGAUCAUGAUGUUCUGCUUAAAUAUAUAAGUCCCCUUGCUCAUCCAUUCUGCACACAUAGGUUGGUGGAAACAAUCACCAGCCCAAAGCAAGAGUGAAGACAAGAUCUAUUUCUGCAGCAAACCUAAUUCUGAUAUCAGAGCAAAGAGAGAUGAAGAGUGUUCUCUCAGUGAAGAUUUUGGCAGUGUUGGCUCUGGUUCUACUGGCAUCCAGUGUGAGUGAAGGACGGAUCCUGAGUAAAUGUGAGCUGAAGGCCCAGCUGGAGGCAGCUCUGGGAGCUGUGUAUGGAAAUAUGAAUGUGCCUGUAACUAUAGCCGGAAGUUUACCUGAAAAUCUGACCGGAAGUGUGGCUGGAAAUACAAGUUUACCUGUAAAUGUAACUGGAAGUGUGGCUGAAAAUAUGACAAGAAUUAUGUCUAGAAAUACAAGUGUGCCUGUAACUAUAGCCGGAAGUUUACCUGGAAAUCUGACUGGAAGUGUGGUUGGAAAUACAGGUUUGCCUGGAAAUAUGAUUGGAAAUAUUGCCAGAAAUCUCACAGCCACAAUUGUCUGUACGGUGGAACGCACUUCAAAAUUCGACACCAGCCUUGUCAAAACCAUAAAGAUGAACCACCAUUCCGGCAAACCUCCAGGCAAACCCCAAGUCCAAUCCCUUUCCAAACCAAAUGGACCCCCUUCAGGACGGCCAAAUGAAAAACAAGAUGGAAGACCCGGUAAACCACCUAUGGGCCGCCCAGGUGGACGGGGAAAAAGAUCGCCUGGCAAGUUCGGUGGCAGUUCAGACGAGUCUUCAGAGGAAGUGUCAGGCCCUGCUGGUGUUACCGCUAAACUGUUCGGCAUCUUCCAGCUGAGCGAUGUCGUGGCUUGUGAUUCCGGAUCAAACCCAAGUCUGAACAUCUGCGGCAUGAACUGCAUAGCCCUGACAGAUGAUGACAUCAAGGAUGACAUUGCCUGCCUGAAGACCCUGAUGGACUCACUGAACAAUGUCACGGUUCUUCCACCUCCCCACAAGAAGAUGUUGGAAUUGCUGAACGUAAAGGAGUGUCGCUCUGUCAAUGCCACACAGUACUUUGCAGAGUGUGUCUAAAACUUUCCUCAGACGUGAAGAUUCUGUCAAUCUCCAUUACUGUAGUACACUGUAUUACUGCAGUACAGUACUCCUUAACAGUUUACUGGGUGGGUCUUCUUCUGGACAAGGGAUCUUGGUCUUUCAGAAAGGAGCUAGCGAUAAUGCACUCAAAUUUAGUUGCAUGUGUCAGGUCUUCAACUAACUUCAACUUCAACUAACAUGUCUUUAUUGUGGACUAAUUUCGCUCUUCUAUUCUACUGUAUGCAGCACCUGGAAAAUGUUCUCAGAAUGGCCUCAAUUAAACAGAUCUCUGCUGCUUCAUGUACAAUAACAUACCUCAACCUGAGAGAAUACAAUUAAAACUGUUUAUGAAAGA